CUUAGAAAGCAGAACUAUGCUGCACAGGGGCGAUGUUGGCAGGUGAUUCGAAGGCCCAAGGGUAGGCGCAGCUUGGGACAGCCAUUCAUGCAUACUACUAUGUAGCCUAGCGCGAGGUAUAGGCCAGGAUCUAGAUCAAAGCCCUUUGUCACUGAGUCGCUGCUUCGAUCAAGGGAAUGAAGAGAAAUAUGUGGAGUUCACUCCUGCAUUGCGCCACUGCAUAGCAAUACGGAAUUAUCUUGAGGAUCCUAGACAGGCUAGACUGUCUGCAGUAGAAAGUUCCUGUCUGACCAAAGUUCUUGCUUUUGGGCCCAUCUUUCUAUCUACCUAGUAUGGCAGAGGACAGGGGGCUCAGAUUCGGCUUUGGCAGUAAAGGUGCAUUAAGCUGGUCAUUGCAGUGAGCAUGUUCCUCUGGAAAUUACAGACCUUUGAUUGUAAGAAAGUCGUCCCUGUGAUGCGGGAUCCCUCUGAGGCCGAUUCGAGACGCUGGCCUCUGAAGUCCAGACCUUGAUUGAUCCUUGAUCUAGGAAGCAUGCUCUGCAUUUGAGGAUGGAAAAGGCCGCCCGGCGUACCAAUGUGAAAACCCCGGAGGCCUCCUCCGAUGAAGUCAAGGGGGCAGCUCGGUUGCCAUCUCUGCGGGGGCCCUCUAGAGAGAGGGUUUAUUGCCGACGAGUGGGGUUCCUGCUCGUGUUUACCCUCUUCACUCUGUUCAGUUACUAUGUGGCUGUUGUGAAGUUGCAUCCACCUCUCCAGGGAGACUACAUCUCCAAAUUUUCCAUCUUCCCGCACGCAAAGCGCCUCUCUCGGCAGCAGUCCCGCGACGGCACUCAGGAGUCCAGCGAUCCUGUCACGCUGUCCUCAGCGGAUUGGAGUGCUGGCGACUUCACAAACUGGUUCUUCAGCAAACAGUUGGACAGUAAGAGUAAGUCGGACUCAGCAAAGUCAGAUGAGAAGCAACUAGAUAGGGACAGUGGUGGCAGCGGAGAUGAAGAGGCGUCACAGAACGGGGAUCUCUGGCAAGGGGCUGGCGAACUAGGCGCGCGGGCGAGCACGCAGACGGAGGCUGGGGAUGACACCCUUCGGUUGCAGGGGCGGGAAAUGGAGUCGGAACGGGGUUUGUCAGAAAGUGCGCAGAGGAGCGCAGGAGACGAGCCCGAUGCGGAGUCGGGUGUAAAAGGGGAGCCUUCGAGCACUAAAGCGGCAAGCAAGAAUGUUUCGUUUGGGGCGGCGGGCACAGACGUGGCGCUGACGUCAGCGCCGCUGCUCCGGGGGGGCAGCCGAAAUGAGAGCACCCCGGUACUGAAGAAAGUGGUGGCGGAGCUGCGAAAGCAGGCGGAGGCCAAUAAGCUAUUGGCGGCGACGGUCAAGCUGCCGGAGGAGUUGCACGGGGCGACAGCGAACGCUGUAAGCUCUGGGGAAGAAGCUAGUAACGAGAGUGGGGAGAAGGGAAAAGCUGCAGAAUUGGGGACAGGGGAUGAUGAGGAUGAAGAGAGCGAGGGAGGGGCUGAUGCACGGGGAGGGGCAGCGGCGGCAAAGCCGAGGAAAAAGAAAGGGAAGAAGUUCAACUCCCUGCCGGAGAUCUGGAACCCGAUCUCAGACGAGGGAUACCACCAGUGUGUUGAAAGGGGAACAGACUGGCCAGCGCCUCCAAAGGUCGAGGGGCGCGGAUACUUUUACCCUGGCUUGGACGGGGGCCUCUCUCAACAGAUAUUUGAGAUUACCAACUCGGUAGCCGUGGCCCGGAUACUCAACGUAACGUUAGUGAUUCCGCAGCUAGGCCUAGACCCGUACUGGAAGGACGGAAGCAAUUUCACUACCAUUUUUGACCUGGACCACUUCCGUCGGACCCUUGCUGACGACAUUCGGGUUGUCACCGUAUCCGAGCUGCCGGAUCGCGAGGAGAUGCGCAACGAGUACUUUUGGAAGAUCAUCGACCGGAUACCCUACGGGCGAGAGGACCAGUACGUCAGCAAGUUUUACGAUUCGUUUGCACCGGAUCAGGUUACCAAGUCGUACAGCUUCUUCACGGCGCUCGACGUCUACCUCCGCCCCCCCCUCGAGAAGCUGCGCUGCCGCGCCAAGUACCAGGCCCUCAAGUUCCACCCCCAUAUUGUCUCCACCGCGCAGCGCCUCGUCGCGCGCAUGCGCGAGAAGGCCAAGGGGCCGUUUCUGGCCCUCCACCUCCGGUUCGAAACGGACAUGGUCAUGUAUUCCGCCCGGUGUGAAUACGGGAUCAACGAACCGGAGGAGAUCAAGUACUGGGACGAGCAGCGGGAGGUGCGAGGGUGGCCGAAACCGGAGCCGGAUGACGUCAUGCGGGGUCAGGGCCGGUGCCCGGCCACGCCGGGCGAGGUCGGGCGGUGGCUGCAGGCGAUGGGUUUUAAUGAAUCGACGCAGGUAUACCUUGCGUCCGGGGCGAUCUACCACGAAGACGUGUUCAUGCCUGACUUCAUGGACAUGUUUCCGAACACCGUCAGAAAGGAGGACCUCUUCACGCCGGAGGAGGCCGCUCUUCUGAAGGGCAAGAACAACAUCCUAGCGGGGAUCGACUUCGAGGUGCUGGUGAACGCUGACGUCACGGCGCUGACGUUCCACGGCAUGAUGAAGUCAUCAAUUUCAGGUCAUAGGAAUUGGCUCGGCUUCAAGAGGACGUUGACGUACCCGUUAUGGGAAAGUGCGAGAUUGCGGACUCUCGCCUGGAAGGAGUUCAAGACUCUAGCCAAGAAAGCUACGAUUUACGGGCAGCCCCUGCAACGCAGUGGGGUGGAAGUUAUGGGCAAUCCGGUGCCAGAGUGUAUGUGUCAAGAACAAACAAACGCGUAACGACGAAUGUAAACUAAUAAAAACAUAGACCAUUAAGGAUCAUUUGAACGCUCGCCAUUUAGCCGAGGUGUACCGGUCGCGCGCAUGUGACCACUUGAACAAGUCGCUUAUAGCAUCCCUUGAACACGAUUGUUGAGUCCCAACCAGAGCGUUUGGCCCGUGUCAGUGUCUUUGCAGAGCCUGCUGCAUUUUUAAGUGUUUGAAUUCCAG